GCAAAAUCACGAAAAAAUUUCAUCGCCACAUUACCGACCAAUUCCUGAUUCACUGGGAUUCCAGGUCGAGACCGAAGAAAGUCGAAGCUGUUGCCGUUCCACCGGCGGGCUCGUCAUCUGCAGAAGGUUCGUCCUCUUUGCCAGGCGCUGCGACACAGGUUUCUGUCUCCGUAGCGACUACUGGUGCGAAAAACUACACGCACGAUGAUCAUUCUGAAACUAACGCACAAGUAGACCACGACCCUGCGCAGCAGGAUCAGGAAAUAAUAGUAUCUUCAAAAGACCUACUUUUAUCAAGAACCAGGGGUACUACUUUCAAAGACACCAGGAGAACGAAGGAGAAAGUGAAAGCAUCGAUGUUUCACCCCCCAAGGGAGCGAAACAGCAGUACCGAAGAGAUUCGACCAAGCAAAAUCUAUUUGCGGCCCCGUCGCGGUUCCACCUGCUCCGAUACCGAAGCCUUGGCGGAAGCGCACUACGAAGCAGCGGCGAGUCGAAUCAAACGCUGCUCUUUAUACUUUUCCCCGACGAGGAAGAGCUCGCGCACGAGCAUCGACGUCGAUCGUUUGAGCUCGUCGUGGCCCGACUUUUUCGCGGCGGGGGCUAGAAGUUCGGAAAGCGGUUUGGAGGGCGUGGAGCCUUCCAAUUUUGCUUUUUUAACGAAUAGUAGAAACACGACGUCCUAUCGCCGUCCGGAUGCGGAUGAUGAGAAUUAUGACCCGACGAGCUGCCAGGAGUUCUUGUUAGAGAAAAAAAGCAACACGACUUCGACCGCGGCGACAACGUCCGGCCCUGGAGAUGGAACAACCAUGCUUGCCACAACAGCUGCACAGCAGGGGGAGGUUAAGGUCAUCUCCGACCAGAAUCCUGUCCUGAGCAACAGCGUCAUUCAAGAAAUCCCAGCACCGAAGAACGAGGAGAUGGUUUUGUCACAAGUCGCGGGAGGUUCUUCAACCACACCUCGCGUUGUUCUUGUUCCUUUUGACAAUAAAAGUGACACUAGAAGCGGCACGACGCGUGCAGAGGUCGGCGUACGUCAAGAUGAAACCUCCAGCAAACAAGUCGAAACUACAAUAGAUGGCCGUGGUGCAAACAACGACACCGAGCAGCUUGAUGCCGCGACCGAGGAGGACAAGCAGAACGCUACGACUUUCCGCCGGUCUGGCUUGGUGAAGCAGGUUCCCCGGGAUCAGAGUUACGACAUUGUCACGGAGAACAACAAGAAGAAAAUCAACACGAAGGGCAUGAUGACCCGGGACCAGACGAACUUACAUUCCUGCGUGAAGCGGUUCCUGGGCAUGCGGUUCCAGAGAGUCUACGCUGCUAUUCACAUGACGGCGAACGAGCUGAGACGGAAACUCCCACCGCAGGUUUGGACCGCGAUUAUGAGCAGCUCGGUGGCCAUGGAGCAGUGGCAGCGAAGGGAACAACUACGAGACUCAGCCACCCAGGACCAGAAGGAUGUUAACCGGGAGAAAGCGCGAGGCGAUCCAGCCGGAAGCAAGAAGAGCCAGAACAAAAUCCAAACCCUAGACGCAAAUUAUAACACCACCCAACAAGUAGAAGUACCAGCCACCGCUCCGCAAGACCUGCAGCAAAUGCAGCAGACCGCCGCGGCGCUCGUGCAGCUGCAGCCGCCAACGUUUCUGGCCGAAACGCACGCUAUGAUGUCCACUUUGGACCGCCGGGACGUGCUGGAGGAGAUUUUACUUUUGCAGGAGGAACUGCUACUGCAGGACGCGCAGCUGUACGAAAAAAACAACGGAGGGCCGCAACGCGGCGGGGGCAUUGGGGGAGGUGCUGGUGCUGGUGCUACUUUGGGGGCUGCCGGGAACAAGAUCAAGAAUGAUAGUACUUCAUCACAUCAACAUCAACAGCAAAAUGCAGCUGGUCAGAACAACCUCAAGCAUAAAAACCAGCAAGACCACCGCGUGACGACUUCCCAGAAAGUUACGUCCCACGGAGGCACGACAGGAAUCGCGACAGCGAAUGCAACCGGUGCUUUGGGGUCGUCGGCUAUAUCAUCUACUCCACAGCACCAUUUCCAUCAAGGCGCUUCCGACGCGCCCAUGCUUCAUUCGAUUGCGGGAAGAUUGACGCAGUAUACAACGACAGCAGGAGCCACGACGAACACCCACCCAGGAGGCGGCAACAGGUCUUCGAGGAGUAAACAAGCCACAGAAAACUACCAGUUUAACAAGCAGGGACAACAUCGUGGCAACAGUAGAAAUAACGGGGGAAAUGCUGUUGUUGUCCAGACUGGGGGCCAGCAGCAGAAUCAAAAUGAUCUUCAACACAAUGUCAAUGCGAGUGACCUUUCUCGUCCUUCUCCCUCGAAGCAGGAGAAGCACCAAGAGCAGGAGGCAGCAGGAUUUUCGACGUCGGCCAGGACGACAGGACCGUCCGGAGGACCACCACCUCCACCGCCAGCCCCACCACGACUGCCGGUUCCGGGAGCCGCGCCGUUUGAUUAUGUGCUGGAAUCAUUGUACAGCAACCCGGGAGAAUUGAUGUCCAACUUUCACCUCCCGCCCGGUCGAACGAAAGGUGGUUACAACUCAAAAAACAGCACAACCGUCUCUCGAGGUUGUAUUAAUCGAAACAAAAAUAAUGGUAAAGGCGACUUCUGGGGAGGCGGGCCCCAGCAGUGUGCCUGGAGGCGUGUUGGGCGCGAGCGCGGCGGCGCCAGGAUGCACAAUUCGCUGGACCAAGUCCUUGGUCACAGAAAUUUUCCGGGCUCCAUGUUACCGGGCGGUUCUGAAGAAGACCUGCAGCAGCGCACUGCCGCGCUGGAUGACGUGGCGGGUGUCGGUAAAAUGAACAUUGAAGAGGGAAUAAACAACGAUUACUUGUUCUCGACGUCGUCAUCAUGGCCGCACAGCAGAGGGGAGCAUCAAGUGCUGGAUCCCGUUGGAUCGUCGAAGUCCUCGGCGGCAACUUCGGAUGAAUACAACGGGAAUAAAGGUGCUCAACAAGCUGUUCAGUUUCCACCGUUUGAUCACCUCCACAAUCAAAAUCAAGAAGAUUUUCCUCAGACACAUCAGCACCAUGACCCGCCACACUUCUCUCAGCAAAAAGGCGGAAAAGGUGCAACUGGCUUAUUUCGUCGAGCGCAUUCCAACGACGUUGUUGAGAACACGAGCUACGGUAAUAGAGUGAAUAUGUACAACGGUGAUAAUUCUUGGUCUUCAUCCAGCAACUACUGGGGCGCAAGUGUGCAUGCCUCAACGUCACACAAAUUGGAUUACCAGCAGCAACGCCCUUUUCAAGAUCAAGGCAGUGAGCAUGAUCGCGCGGCGGUGAGCUCUUACAGCAACAACCAUAGUGCCUGGGACGGUGGAGAAGGACCACGUGGUCCACCGGGAGGAGGAGAGCCGCUGUCGCGAUAUGAUGACGAACAUGACUGCUCACAUCUUGUUCACAAGGGCGUUGGGAAAAGAGGCAAGGGUGACCACAAUAUGACGAUCAACAUGGCCGCCUGCAACCUGCAUGCUGGAAAUAUACAAGAUCCCGCUUCUGCGAAAUACAGUAAGUUCAACACGAUAUCUAAAGCUUCCGCGAGAGCAGGCGAUGGUGGAAGUCAUUUCGGUGCUAGUACCUUUGCUGGAGACGUCGAAGGUGUGCUACCUUUCCCAUCUGCGCCCCCUCCGGCUGGAAAGAAAGGUCCCCGACUUGACAAGGAGCAUGCAGACAAAGAGCGGCAACGGCGAGAGGAGCGGCGGGUCAUUGAGGAGCUAACUUCGCAGUGCUGGCAAACCGGAAUGAACCUUGGCGGAGACGAGGAGAAGGGGAAAAAUGGGAUGCUGGACACAAGUUCCAACAUGAUGAACAUUUACAACAACCCUCCAGGUGUUGUUGCUGGUGCAAAAAAAGGAAAGAACAUCCAUUACGGUCGGGGGGGUCUGCUGCAUCAUAACGUGUUUCAGAACCAGAACAAUUCGAGUGGUGGAACAAGUAGCCAUAAUUCACAACAACUCGUUCGUAAUAAUAACAGCAGCAGUUCAACAUCCAGCACUUUUCCACACCGAAGUGAAAAUGGGCAACCCGGUCGUGAUGUUUCGCAUCACCAGGUGACCGCAACGACGGCGGGCUCAUCGAGUGCUGACGUUGGAACGAAUAAUAUCAACAGCUACAGCAAUAAUUACGUCGGCUCAUCUGGAAUGAGUUCCAGUUCCCUGAACAACCACUAUCUGUCAGAUGGAGCAGGGGGAGGUCGUGAUACUAGUAAGCCGGAUAUUAACAGUCAAAUACAAAUUUCGUCGGCUCCUGGCGGGCCUGCAGGAGCAACUCCCACGAUGUUUAUUCACCAGCAAGAACAGCAAGCAACCCCGGGCAAGUAUUCUGUCGGCGGAGCAAGUACGAUUGUAAGCAACGCUAGCGGCCAAGGCCAUUUCCAACCUGUGUUGUCUGCUCCCCCAGCUUUCGGAACCUCCGCGGGGGGUUCUUCUGCUGCAUCAGGGUCGGUGGUUGGUUCUUUGCUGUUUGGCGGUGGUGGCGGGGGGCCAGCAGUGCAACUGCAACACCAGCAGCAUCAAGCUGGGUCUGGAUCGGGCUCAUCUGUAGUUGCGCAGGUGGACCACGUUGGGCACCAGCAGAUGCAUCAGGAGCAGCUGAUUCCCUUGGAACAACAAGCAAAUAACACGACGGGGGAUCCUAAGGUCCAGCCGGGGGCACCAUUGCAACAGUCUCAGUCAAUGACUACAACAGACAGCCAGCAUCAUCAUGUUCAUGAUCUGGCCCGCAAGAUUAUGGGCGGAAACAAUGACAAUUACGUCCAACACGUCCCGCCUUCCUCUAUCCAUGGGGAGACAGCCACCACACAGCACCCCUCCUCCCUCGGUGCACGGACGCACUCAGGCUCGGGUAGCUGGGCUGGGGGGAUGCUGGGAACGGCCAGUGGCCAGUUUAAUACCGCGGAAAUGCAGCAGCUCGGUUCAUCGUCUGGAGUUAUUGCAGUCGGUGGUGGACAUAAUACUAGCAGCCAUAAUAUGAACCUGAUAACCGGGGGCCACCUGCAGCAGCAGCAACAGCAGACACAGACUCCCACCGCCCCGGGAGGUAGUACUAACAUUCUUGGAACUACAUCCACAUCAAGUCCAAGUCCACUGCUGUUGAGCAUGCCCACCGCUGACUACACGACACACGCAGGCAGUGGGUGCGGAAAUUUGAGUGGCAACAUCUUCACUACCGAUCAACUACAUCGCAGCAUGAACCACGGCGCGCCGGCAUCGGCAAAUACAAGCAACCUCUAUCCGCAAACGCCACUGCAACAGCCAAACACAACGAGUCACCCGUCGGGUGCAGUGGCCGCGGCCCAACAUCGUGUUCAGAGCGGUGCUGUGUCCGCGCAUGACGUCGCUGGGUCGACGUUGAUGAACUACACGGGUGCAAACAAUGGACUGCAAACGCUUGUCGCGCAGAUGUUUCAGCAGCAGAACCAGCAGCCACUCAUCAACACCAGCGGCGGGGCUGCCUCAAAUGUGGGAGGCGGGGGGCCUGCUGUUGGGCCAGCAGCUCUUAAUGUCAACCAUCCUCCUUCUGGUGUUCAUGUUCAACCAACCACGACCAACACUGGCGCGUUUCAUGAUCUCGUGGGUGCAGAAGCUUCUAACCCAGCAAAUCCGGCGGGAGUUGUGACAGAUUCUCAUCAGAGUACUAUCAACCUGCAGCAGGGACUAUUGGGAUCAUCGGGUGCAGCAGUGAAUCCAACUACAAAUAACCUGUUUAGCGACAGCCUACAGAUUGGCGGCCAUCCCUUGGUUCGGCAGCGGCACUCGGAGAUGCACAGUGGUAAUUCGACGAGCAGUACCUCCGGCGAGAUUGUCCUCCACAGUACCGUAGCUGGUGCGACAGCACAACCACAACAUGAUCGUGCACAUACAUUUUCCAGCAGUGGAGUGGUCUCUAGUACUAGCAGUAUCAACAAUGUCACUCUGAACCAGCUUCAGCUCCAGCAGAAUCUGAAUCUGCAAACGCCUAACGCAUGCCCGCCUCUUCUGUCUACCGCGUCCCUCAGCGGGUUGAGCACCGGGUCCGCCACGUGGUCUGGCGUUGGUGGAGGGGGACAGCCUCUGCUGCAGCUGCCAGGUGGAGGUGGACAUGUUGGACAUCAACCACAGCAACAACAGCAGCACCAAACCACUCUCGGAAUCAGUUGCCUGAGCCACUUGCUGCAGCAGCAAGGGCACAGCGUAGGAGGAGGUUCACAGCAGCUGCCACCGUCCACAAACAGCAGUGCGGUCGGUGGGGGUGGAGGGCUAGCGCUCCUCGGAGGUAAUAGUAGUCACGUUAUUGCACCACAGCAACAGCAGCCGGCGCACUCGACGGCUUCAUUUGCGACGGGAACAACAAACACGCAGCUUCUCAACCAUGAUCCGAGCUCGUCCCCAGAGACGUUGCAGAGACUGAUCCAAGAAAACGCGAGGAAGAAGCAAGAGAAUGAUGCGAUGCGCCAGCAGCUUUUGGUGCAGCAAUUGUUGGAGGAAAAUCGAAAAUUACACGCACUAAUGCAGCAGCAGGUGCAACAAGGCAGCCUUGGAACAGGUGGUCAGCAGCAGGGCCAACAACUUCACCAGCAAGGCCAACUUCAACUGGAGGGCUCUACUCUCCCUGCUGCAAACGUCGGAACAAUGACCACAGGCAAUCUGGGGUACAAUACUAAUCCUGUUGUUGGCCAAGUAGAAGAAAUUGCACAGAGUGCUGCGCCGGCGGCACAACAGUUGCGGCGGCUUGCAGAUGCCGGCGCAGCUGCCGCAGCUGCAGAGAGUCAUCGACAGCAAAGUUCAUCAUCCUCAGGAGAGGUCUUUCCGGCCACGAACGCUGUGCGUUCUAUGUCAAUGAUUCCGCCUGUGACCUCCUCCAGCAUUAGUGAUCCUUUUGGGGAUUACAUGACUAUGAACAGGCGAGGUGACAUAAACCAAUCUCCCACUUCCUCUUCCGACGAGGAUACAGGGGCAAACAACGGAGAAAAUUUGUCAAAAUCGCACGGACACAACUCGCCGAGCCAGUCGUACCGGCGUCCGGCGCAGCGCACCCUGCGAUCGCUCACGGGGUAUGAAUACCAGUGAAAAAAGUUUGCGCUUGUUGUUGAAACAUCGAGGCGGCUGUCACAAUUUUCCGAGUCUUGCCUCUGUGUGCUGCAAGGCUUGAGCAUCUCGCUUGCAGUCCAAUAUUAGAAAUAAAAACCAAUGACGAAUCAAAAAUACUUCACAGUCCAGAAGUGUCAUCAACGGCCCUAAUCUCGUACACUAACAAAACAAUGAUCUCACUCAACUUCGCUCUUGGAUCACACACGCCUGAUUAUGUUAGUUUAUUCUGUGCCCCCCACGCACAAAAAAUCCAAAAACAAAACUGACGGCCCUCUAUUCUAGGCCACAAAAUACAUCAUGUCUUUGUAUUUUUUUCAAACCGAAACCAAAAGCAACACAGGUUUCCAUAAAUUGGUCUUGAUCGUGGCCGAGAUCAGUAUUAUACUUUCGGGGGUUUUGUUUUUCAUUUUUUUUUUCGGUUUCCGAGAUCCAUACAUCGGAAGAACGGCAUGAUGUUUACACUAAUGAUUAUAUAUAAGCCGGACGAAGAAUUAUAGACACUUUGACUUGUUAGCUAGGACAGACGCAUCUUUGAAGAUUGCUAUACUGUGUCGAUCGCGCCAUCUUGUUCAGUGUGGCAGGAUCAGAUUGAGGUUGGGGCUCUUGCGUCAGAAUCAGACUGUGAAUGUUGGCGCGGGAAAGGUUUUUGCCCUAUGUAUAGUCAAUCAGAAAAUAAAUGUAAAUUCAAUGUUGCACUUAUUCUAAUGAAUUAGAGUCACUGUAAGUUGUUGAUGCGACAGCUGCAAUGCGGCCCUCGCUGUUGCUCGCACAGGACCUCCAGAAAUAUUGGCCUUUCGUGCUCUAAUAUGAUUGGUGUGGGCAGGUAGAAUCGUUUCCCAGUUUUGUAAUUGCGUACUUAUAUUGGCGAUAUUAAGAUGAAGAUAUGCAGCUAAGAAAGUGCUGCCUUUCCUUGUCCCCUUAUGAUGAUACGCGAGGUGCUGGGGCUGAACCGUGCAAGGGAAUACCUUCUGCAAAGCGUGCGUAUGAAGGACUACCAUUUUGUAUACGUAUCACUUGACGUACCGAUACACUUUUUGCGAUCUACCAAGGCCAGCCAGAAAAUCGGAGAGCUAUGAGUCUCAGCCACAUCACACGUUUUGGUAGCAAAAUGAACAUAUAGACAGCGCAGCUACUUUCCAGCGCAGCUCUCUUAUUCAUCAGAAAGAACUUGAAAGCCGAGCUUCAUGAUGAAAACAAAGUCUCUAUGAUAAUCUUCGGCCUGCUACUGCUUUAUCUACCUCAACGUUUGUUCUUUCACGUACUGCGUUUACUUUAUUUCAUGCGGCCGCUAGGACAGCAUCGGCCCAUGCCUAUCUGUAAUUUUACUUGUUACAAAUCACCUGAAAGCUGAUGCUGAAUGAUUUUUUCCCACCACGGCUGGGUCAACGCUUGAAAGAUGUGAACAAAAAACAUGGAAAUAUUUAAUCACCAACAGACCUUCAAAAAGGUCGCAA